AUGGCGUGGAGUUUGGUCGUGCAGCAGUAUUCAAAUUGCGACUUGACCAUCGCCUCUGACAAACUCAUCGCUCUCUCGGGAGUGGCUCAUUACCACCAGAGACAGUUGCUUGGCCACGACACCUACCUGGCCGGCCUCUGGAGGAAGACCUUCAUCGAGGAGCUCUCGUGGGUGUGCGAGAAGCUUAAUUGCCGUAGGGUAAAGGAGUACCGUGCUCCUCCUUGGUCCUGGGCCGCCGUCGACGGGCCUGUUACUUUCGCCAACCCCCUGGUCGGCCAUUACGAGCGGUACGACAAUGAGGCGGAGAUCAUUGACAUUCGGACGGAACUCCUUGACCCCGGUAACUCCACCGCGGGGGUACUUGCAGCUCGUGCUCCCGGCUAA